AUUUCCAGCAGCCCCGUCAUGACGCAGAAUAACCGAACUUGCCCUGAUCCUGUUAUAAUGUUUAAAUACAGUCUGUAUGCAACCACUUACACCAUCAUAUUCGUGCCCGGGCUUCUGGCAAACAGCGCUGCCUUGUGGGUUUUAUGUCGCUUCAUCAGCAAGAAGAACAAAGCUGUGAUUUUCAUGAUCAACUUGGCUGUGGCCGACCUGGCUCACGUUCUCUCCCUGCCACUGCGAAUAUACUAUUAUAUUAACCACACAUGGCCUUUUGGGAGAUUCCUUUGCUUACUGUGUUUCUACCUGAAGUACCUCAACAUGUACGCGAGCAUUUGCUUCCUCACCUGCAUCAGCAUCCAGCGGUACUUCUUCCUGUACCACCCGUUCAAGGCCAAGGACUGGAAGCGGCGGUACGACGUGGCCAUCAGUGCCGCGGUGUGGCUGUUCGUCGGGGCGGCUUGCUUACCGUUUCCCAUCAUGCGAAGCUACGGCCUAGCCAACAGCACUAGUACCUGCUUUGCAGACCUUGAAGUCCGGCAGAUCGAAAACAAGGCGGCCACGGUGCUGAUGACAGCGACGGCAGAGCUCUUCGGGUUCGUGGGCCCUCUCGUUAUCAUUUUAUUCUGCACCUGGAAAACCAAAGUUUCUCUUCGGGGAUUCCAGAUACCGCCGCAAAACAGCAGCGAGAGGCAGAAAGCCUUACGGAUGGUUUCCAUGUGUGCCAUCGUGUUCUUUGUGUGUUUUGCACCGUACCACAUCAACUUCUUUUUCUACAUGAUGGUGAAAGAAAACGUUAUUACCGACUGUUUCUUACGUAGUAUCACUCUUUACACCCAACCCUUUUGCUUAAGUCUUGCAAGCCUGGACUGCUGUUUGGAUCCAAUCCUGUAUUUCUUUAUGAAUUCAGAGUUUCAGGAUCAGAUAUCACGUCACAGCAGCAUGGUCAUCAGGAGCCGGCUCAUGAGCAAAGAAAGCGCCUCAUCGGUUAAGGAAUGAGAAGAAGGCCUAAAAGAGUAACAAAAUGCUUCACAUGCAAUCCGAGACUGUUCUGUGAUGUUCAUUUAACAACCGUUACGGAAGAUCCCGCAAGAUUGUUUUUCCAGGUGAGUUUCGUGGCAGUGGAAAUCUUUUGAUAUGCACAACAUAAAAGCUUGUUUAAGAGCAGCGUGUUAGUAGCUGACGAGUGACCGAGCCGGUGUGACUGCGCCUGCCGACGCGAUGCCCGCGCCUGACCAGAGCGGACCGGGGAAGCGCAGAAGGGAGCAACGAGGCUCUUGCUGGGAAACAUCCCAGCAGCUUUUUUCUAUUUUCCCAGCUUCAGUGGUUCUGCGCCCACUGAAGCAUCUUCUCAGCUGAACGCACGCAGCGCCUCCGGCACCUCCCCGCCGCGGGACCGCGGGGCACCACCGAGAGCCCGUCUGCUCGCGGUUCUGCUGUGAGGUCCGUCCCCAGCAAACCCAGGCAGGAAACCCUUGGAAGAAGUAAGGAGCCCUUGCUGAGGGGAUUUCACUGAUGGAGCGACGGCUGAUUUCUUCCAGUAAAUUAUUCAGAUUUUUUCCCAUCGGCCCCUCUCACGAUCUUAACGUUUACAUUUUUAUGAUUUCAUUAGCCAUGAAUAUAUAAAAAGCAGUCACAAGGUGGGGUUACGUUUACCCCUGACGCGUGUUGGGUCAGUCCCAGUUUUUAGGCCACAUUCCCACAGCUUGUGUAGCUUCCAGGGUUUCACUGUGCUGAGAGCUGGGGAUCAUUUCGGCACCGAUUUACUCCCUUCGGAAAACCUGUGGCUUUUCCAAAGCGUUCUGAGCAGCUCUCGGUGAGCAGCAGUAGCAGCACCUCAUGUAUUGCUAUAAAAUACAAGAAAUUUCAGAAACACUCACUAAGUUAAUCGAAAUCUAGCUACUUAAUCCCACUUUGUCACAUUUUGACUCAACCAAAGAUUUUCUGUGUUAGCUUUACACAAAGUGAAGUGGGAAAAAGCAAACAACAGCCAGGUUUAAAUAACUAGAAGCUAGAGUUCCUCUCAAAGGCACUGAAGACCUACUGCUUCAACAGAAUAAGCUACUGUAGUUCUCCCUUUUGUAAAAAGAUGAUUAGGGUCUAUAGUAUGAUGAAUUUAAUCUCACAUGUACGUAACAGAGAGGACUGAAAUGUGCUUAUCUGAAGGAAAUAGCUUUCAAGAACAGCGUACUCUUUCAAGUUUCCUUGGUUUUCUAGUGAGAAAACUGCCAAAUAAGUGAACAGUCCAUCUCCCAUUGAAGUCAAUGGAAAUAUUUCUACUGGUUUAACUGGACAGUUUUUUUAUGCCAAUGAUAUACGUACACGUGUUUACACACUGCAGGUAAUCCCUUUAAAAUGUGAGCAGAGGCUGAUGCUCAAGCAUAGUUAAGCAUGUAUAACGCAAUUCUUGCCAAUUUAGCAACUUUCGCAUGAGCUAGAUGCUGUACAAUAUCAUCCGUGAAUGAGACUGUAGUUUCAGUGGUUGUUUUGAGGAUUUUUUUUAUAGACCUUGGUCACCUAGCAUGUGGCUGGGAGCUGCUUACUGUAAUUCCCCUCUCAAACAAUUCUGCAUUUAUGGGGUGAAGGCUGAAGACACUGCUAUGGUAACGGUGUAGCUUG